ACUGGUUAAGAAUCUCAAGAUUCACAUGCGAGUGACCUGUCUACGUUUAAGUAAUGGGUGAUUGUUGCUGUAAGGAAAAGGAGCCAGAUGAAACAAUUUAUGCUCCAACGUCAUCACCGGUGGUAUCUGCUAUGAUUGACAAUCGUGUGCGGAUACCAAGGCUUGUAGAUCCUAAAAUUGUUGACCAACUUGUGCUAGAAAUGUUAAAUGUGGCAGCUUCCAGAGUUGAUACUGACGAAGAGUCGCCGGUUCCUCUCGUGAAGCUCCACGUGAUAGCUGAUAAAGAAGAGGGUUGGAUCCAAAUGGUUACAUCAAUGGUUAACGUGAUUCCUUUAGAAGAUCCGUUUGGACCCACCGCUAUUUCAAUAUUGUUAGAUGAUUGUCCUUUACCAUCCAAAGACUCAGUAAUAAAAGUGACUCGUAUAUACGGAUUGUCAGCGGCACGAGCGACCAUGGGCGAUGUAAACACUCGCGUCGAACGCAAUAUAUGUGUAGCUCUCGGAUGUAUAGCCGAGAAAUUGGUCGGCCCGAACAGUAUGGCGAUACUGACAAACGACACGCUUGAAUACCUACUGGCCUUCCUCACUCCAAAUUGUGCGCCGUAUGUAACGCUGUUCGCGCUCAUAGCACUCGAGAAAUAUGCGCAUACGACGGAAAAUAAGCUAACAAUAAAGAAUCGUCUCGAACAAUUCGAUGGGCAUCCCUUAUUAGUGCUGGAGAAAUUCGCGGACAGCGAUAACUACUUGUGGCGGCAAGUCGGCUUCUGUUCGAAUUGGCUGCUUGAUAACUUAUUUACCGUGGAAGGUAGGAAAUUAUCUUACGAAAUAGUCGACAUGUCUGGUAUAAACGCUUUGCUCAAUUGCCACGAUGUCAGCGAAUACUUGCAAAUAUCGAGCAACGGUUUGGAAGCCAGGUGUGACUCGUAUUCAUUUGAAAGUGUAAGAUGCACCUUCCAAGUGGACAGUGGCUGUUGGUACUACGAAUGCAUUAUAAUAACAUCUGGAGUCAUGCAAAUAGGAUGGGCAACGAAAAACAGCCAUUUUCUGAAUGAUGAGGGCUAUGGGAUUGGUGAUGAUAUGUACUCCUUAUCCUAUGAUGGAUGUCGCAAGUUAGUGUGGUACAAUGCUAAGCCCACUAAAGUUAAUCAUAUACCCGCGUGGCGACCUGGCGACAUUCUCGGUUGUCUAAUCGACCUCAACACUAGAGAAGUUAUAUUCUCUCUAAAUGGACAACGGCUGCCAACUUGCAAUGAAAUAUUUGAAACAACGAAGUACGGAUUCUUUGCGGCAGCUAGUUUCAUGGCCUACCAGCAGUGUCGUUUUAAUUUCGGAUAUGAAACUUUUAAAUAUCCUCCAACAGAUAGAAAAUUUUCAGCUUUCAAUGAUUAUGGACAACUAACCGACGACCAGAAGAAGGUUAUACCUAGACGAAUAUAUCUAGAACAAUUACGAUGUUCUAGCGUUAAAGAGGAUUCAUGCACGCUCUGUUUCGAUGACACCGCUUGCUGCAUACUUGAACCCUGCGGACAUCGUGGAUUUUGCUCCGUGUGCACAUCGCAACUCAAAGACUGUCCAAUGUGCAGAGCCGACAUACUAAACGUGAAAAGAGAGAGCACAUGACACUAUGACGUCAUAUCCGGUGACAUAAGUGGCGCUCGCUCACCCUCCCUGUCACCCGAUGACGUCACUUCCUUUCACUCUCUCGCGCCCAAUCCGGAACAAAUAGUCCGACGCGAUUCGUUUGAAAUACCAGCACUUGAAAUUAUGUCCUUCGACAGGUAUCAACUACGUUAAUUUAUGAGAUUGAAAAAUUUAUUUAUACACCUU